UUGUUUGCAUUCUGUGGCAGUCUCCAAGCAGCUGCGAUUACCCACUACUCCACCAUGAAAGGCUCCUUUAAGUCAAACACAAUGGUGGGUGGGUGAGGCUCCACCUCUAAACCUGACACCCUCAGAACAACAACAGAAACACGGGAAACUGAUGCCUUUCUGUUACUGUUCACCAAAAGAGAUGCACAAACUGAGAGAAAAGCAAAAAGUUUCACCUGUGGGGAAAAUGUCUUUGAGUUCAGAGAAGGAUCUGUCCUGUCCCAUCUGCCACGACAUCUUCAAAAAUCCCGUCGUGUUAGCAUGCAGCCACAGCUUCUGUAAAGCCUGCGUGGAGACGUGGUGGAGAGAGAAGCUGAUACAUGAGUGCCCAGUUUGUAAGGAAAGGCCUUUGCUGGGUGAGCCACCGGUUAGUUCAGUUAUAAGGAACCUGUGUGAGGCCUUCUUACAAAGGAGGGAUCAAAAUCCUCCUGCAGGGUGUGAGCCUGUUUGCAGUCUGCACCGUGAGAAUCUGAGAGUCUUCUGUUUGGAUCACCAGCAGCCAGCGUGUGUCGUCUGUCGAGAUUCAAAAACACACAUCGGCCACAGCUUCAGGCCCAUCGACGAAGCUGCAGAGGAUUACAGAAAGGAGGUCCAGAAAUUCCUGAAGCCUUUGCAGGAGAAGUUGGGAGCGUUUGAACAAGUUAAAGAAAACUGUGAUAAGACAGCUGAACACAUUAAGGUCCAGGCCCGCCACACAGAGAGGCAGAUUAAGGAGCAGUUUCAGAGGCUGCACCAGUUUCUCCAAGAGGAAGAGGAGGCCAGGAUCACUGCUUUGAAAGAGGAAGAGGUGCAGAAGAGUCAGAUGAUGAAGGAGAAUAUUGAGGCUCUGAGCGGAGAGAUUGCAGCUCUUUCAGAAAUCAUCAGAGCCACAGAGGAGGAACUCAGAGCUGAAGACAUCUCAUUUCUGCAGAACUACAGGGCUGCAGUGGAAUUAGUCCAGCAGUGCCCCCUGCUGGAUGAUCCAGAGCUAGUCUCAGGAGCUCUGAUAGAUGUGCCCAAACACCUGGGCAACCUGACCUUCAACAUCUGGAAUAAGAUGAAGGAGGUGGUCUCCUACACUCCUGUGAUUCUGGAUCCAAACACUGCUCAUCCAGAGCUCAUGCUGUCUGAAGAUCUGACCAGUGUGAGAUUUGUAGAGAGGCAGCAGCUUCCCGACAACCUGGAGAGGUUCGACUUUUACUGCAUUGUCCUGGGCUCUGAGGGCUUCGACUCAGGGACCCACAGCUGGGAUGUUGAGGUUGGAGACUCUGCAGGUUGGGUCUUGGGUGUAGCAGCAGAGUCUGUCCAAAGAAAGGGUGAAAUAACGUCUGGACUGUGGAGGAUAAUGGGGCUGCCUGAAGAUAAAUAUGCAGCAGUCUCCCCAUCGAAUCACCACAUUGCUCACCCACUGAGGAAGCUCCAGAGGAUCAGAGUUCAUCUGGACUGGGACAAAGGAAAGCUGGCAUUCUCUGAUCUCGAUACUGACACACACAUAUACACCUUCAUGCACACCUUCACCGAGAAGCUGUUUCCAUACUUCAUCAAUAAGAAGGAACAGCAGCUCAAAAUACUUCCAGUCAAAGUUUCUGCAAUGGUGAAACUGCUCGAUCAGUGAAAACGAUGUGGCAGUCCUCACAUGGACCAUCACAUAAUGAUUACAGGUCAUCUGAGUUAAUCAGAGGUCCUGGUGCUGUUCUUCUCUGGGCGUCUGAUGGGUGUGGAUCAGCUUUAAAAGGUUCUUUGGAUGAGAUUGGAUGAGAUAAAGGCUGGAAUGACAUAUACUGGAUAUGUCACAUUCAAAUUCACAUCAUAUAUAUAUAUAUAGAGGUUAAUAUGAGUCUUUGGAUGACUGACUGAUGGUGACCAGCUGUAAAGUUUUAUUCUGAUAUCGGUGCUAAUGUUUAAACAACAAUCUGGUUGAUAUCAAAUCCUUUUUGUUUGUUUUUGUUGUUAUUCAUACUGAAUAUAUGGGACUGAAUAUAUGGGUCAUAUGUCAGUGAACUGAUACUGUGUGGUUCACGUAGCUGUAUAAUUCUGAAUUAGUACUUAGUAUUAGAUGAUAAUACGGUGCUACAUUACACUGAGUUUUGUGUUUUAUAUUUAUUGUAUAUUUUGUGUUUCUUGCUGACUCUGGUGUGUAUGUAUGUUGUGUAUAUAUUGAUGAGACGGGCACUGU